CCUCCCCUCUCUUCUUGUCGACGUCCCCCCUCCCUCUCCUUCCUCCAGCACCAGCGGCAGCUGUCGGAACACGGCAGCUGCUGUGAAAGCAUAAUUCUUCGGGGGAGGAGGAGGAAAGGGACGGCGGCACGUUUAAGCCAACCAUUUCUCGUCAGAUCGCAAUAGAGAGCACAUCGAUAGAAGCCAUGGGCAGCAAUGGCCGAGAGCACAGGUGCGGCGUCCCACGCCCGCCACCAUUAUCACUUUUCAGGGGCUGGGAGGAAGAAGAGGUCGUCAAGGCCAGCAGGCGCACGCCAUCGCCGCUGGUGCAGCCGACAACGACCGCGGCCGCGGCCAGCAACACCAACAAUAAGAGACUGACCAAGCAGCUAUCCAUGAAGGAGACCACCCGGGAGGUCAAGUGGGAGAAGCGGCGGCGGCAGAUACAACGCCAAAGGAGCACCAAGGGCCUGCACGAAACCGACGACAUGGCCUGUCCUGCCGACGGCGAGGCGAGUUCGCCGGAGCGUGUGGCCAAGCGUCUGACGGACGGGGACCUCGAUGAGCUGAAGGGAUCCAUGGAUCUUGGCUUCAGGUUCGACGAGGAGAAAGGCGGCCAGGACCUCUGCGACACUCUCCCCGCCCUUGAUCUCUACUUCGCCAUCAACCGGCAGCUCUCCGAGCCCAAGAUGCGGUGGUCUACCAGCUCGGUGCCAUCUCUAGCGGCGACCAAGUCGUCACCCAACCUGUGCGGCACGCCAACCCCGGGUAGCCCUACCGCGCAAUCUAACCCCAUGGACUCGUGGAAGAUUUGCAGUCCAGGUGACAACCCUCAGCUCGUGAAGACAAGGCUUAGGCACUGGGCUCAAUUAGUGGCUUGUUCAGUUAAGCACUCCAGCUGAUAGUCUGUGCCCUAUGCACUCUUUCUCCGAUACCAACUUGUACAAGUGAUUGCCGCGUUAGAUCGAUGGCGAUGGAGAAGUCGUGACAGAAUGAUAACUACAUUACAGAAUGUGAGCUUGCUGCUCUGAUGCCCAUGGUGAAUUGUUGUGUAGAUUUAGCAUAUGCGUGUUGGCAAAAAUGUAACUAUUGUACGAGUCGUCCCUGAAUUGCAAGGACAGUUCUUAACA